AUGAGAACACGGAUAUUGCGAAGCGUCAGCUCCACCUUAUGUAGAAGCGUCAGAAAUUUGCCGGUUCAGGCGAGCGGAAACCGGCUGCGCCAUGUCCACGAAACGGCCAAGAAAUCGCUGCUUAGUGUCGACAGUUUUUCAAGAGUAGACCCACGGGCCGUAUUUGUAAACAAUGAGCUGAAUCUGCGGAAGAUUGAUGUGUACGGUUUUGAUUACGAUUACACGCUGGCCGUCUACACGCGUGAGCUGAACGAGCUGAUCUACAAUCUGGCGAUGCGGCGAUUGAUUCGGGAUUGUCAUUAUCCAGAAGCGCUGCUGACCGUCCCCUAUGAUAAGGAAUUCUCGAUCCGCGGCCUUCACUAUGACAUCCAAAACUGUGUGCUUCUGAAGGUGGACGCAUUCUCACAAAUACAAAAAGGGACGGCCUUUCGUGGGAAACGGCAACUAAGUGACGCAGAAAUCCACAAGAUCUACGGUGGAAUUACGUUACCGGAUGAUAAGGGACGCGGAUUGCCCCAACUGAUGGACUUAUUUAGUUUGCCGUGGGCCGGCAUCCUCGCAACGACAGUCCAAUUCUUUGACGAGCGGAAGAUCCAUUUUGAUCCACACAGCUUGUAUCAGGACAUUGCGGAGUGUGUGAAACAGGUCCAUGUCACCGGGGAAUUAUAUAAAAGUGUGCUGAAGAACAUUGAAAAAUACGUCCACAAAAAUCCUGGACUGCACGAAUAUCUACACCGGCUCCAUCAAAGCGGCAAAACACUUUUCAUGGUCACCAACAGCCCAUUUACUUUCAUGAACGCGGGGAUGACCUACAUGCUGGGGUCAGAUUGGAGGAAGAUGUUCACCCAUAUCAUCGUGCAGGCGCGGAAGCCAAGCUUCUUCCAGGGCCAUACACCUUUCCGCCUAUUCAACGAAGAGUCGGCCAAACUGCACUACGGGAAGGUCACCGAAUUCGAGCCGGGCCGUGUAUAUGCCGGGGGCAACAUCGGAGAAUUUGCGUUGCGAGCAAAUUUGACCGGGAAGGGCGUGCUGUAUUUCGGUGACCACAUCUACACUGACUUGGCGGAUCCGAUGCUGAAGCUCGGCUGGCACACGGCGGCCAUCGUUCCCGAGCUGGCACGUGAGAUCAGGGCGCAGAAUACCGACGAGUAUCGACGGAACAUCCAGUGGUUGGAAACGCUGACGUAUCUGAUGUCAAAUUUCCAAGGCGACGGGCGCCGCAACACCGAAUGCGCCGCAAUCAUCAAUGAAUGGGCCGAAGAGCGCCGGAAAUUACGUGAAAAGGUGAAAACCGUGUUCAACCCGCAGUUCGGCUCCAUGUUCCGCACCUACCACAAUAUGACCUACUUUUCGCGUAGACUAAUGAGAUUAUCCGACGUCUACACGUCCCGUCUGCCCAAUCUCCUCAAAUACGACGUCGACCAUGCGUUCUUCCCGCGGCGCAACGCCCUACCCCACGAGAGCCUGAAUGCCGUGCCGACCGUGUCGGAGAACAUGAUCGAAGAGAUUAACCGAAACCAUACCAGCCAAGUAACGCCCGUAAUUGAUAUUUGU